UAGACUGGUGGGCAGGAUGAAGGCUAGAGGUCUCCAGAGGCCAAGUGGGCGUGGUUAAGGUUACUGGGUGGGGCCUUGGGGAGCGGCCUUCUGGAUGCCAGGGCCGGGUUCGGGCCGGACGGUCCUCCGGGCGCCAGGCGCCGCUGCGGAGCCGCAGGCGGGCAUAACUAGGCCGAGCCGCGAGGGGCGGGGCGGUGAGUGUUUACAUCCGGCCGGGCACAGACAACUCCCGAGAUCGCUCGGCCGGGGGUCCAGCCUCUUUCGCCAUGGACACCAGCGACUUGUUUGCCAGCUGCAGGAAGGGGGACGUGGGCCGUGUGCGGUACUUGCUGGAGCAGCGAGACGUGGAGGUGAACGUGCGGGAUAAAUGGGACAGCACCCCUUUGUACUAUGCCUGCCUCUGUGGGCAUGAGGAGUUGGUGCGCUACCUGUUGGCGAAUGGAGCCCGCUGUGAGGCCAACACCUUUGAUGGAGAACGGUGUCUCUAUGGAGCGCUGAGUGACCCUAUUCGACGGGCACUGAGAGACUACAAACAGGUCACUGCGUCCUGUAGAAGGCGGGAUUACUAUGACGACUUCCUGCAGCGGCUUCUGGAACAGGGCCUCCACAGCGAUGUGGUCUUUGUGGUACAUGGGAAGCCGUUCCGGGCCCAUCGCUGCAUCCUCGGUGCCCGCAGUACCUACUUUGCCAACAUGCUGGACACCAAGUGGAAGGGCAAGAGCGUCGUGGUUCUCAGGCACCCCCUGAUCAACCCGGUGGCCUUUGGGGCUCUACUGCAGUACCUGUAUACAGGCCGCUUGGACAUCGGCGUGGAGCAUGUGAGCGACUGUGAGCGCCUGGCCAAGCAGUGCCAGCUGUGGGACCUGCUGGACGACCUGGAGGCUAAAUGCGAGAAGGUGUCUGAAUUUGUGGCUUCCAAACCUGGCACAUGCGUGAAGGUGCUGACUAUUGAGCCCCCUCCAGCAGAUCCCCGGUUACGGGCAGACAUGGCACUGCUGGCUGACUGCGCCCUACCUCCUGAGCUGCGGGGUGACCUUGGAGAGCUGCCCUUCCCAUGUCCCGAUGACUUCAGCAGCUGCCCUGAUAUCUGCUUCCGAGUGGCUGAUUCCAGCUUCCUCUGCCACAAGGCUUUCUUCUGUGGCCGCAGUGACUACUUCCGGGCCCUUCUGGAUGACCACUUUCGAGAGAGCGAGGAGCCCGCGGCCUCUGGAGACCCCCCAGUUGUCACCUUGCAUGACAUCUCCCCGGAGAUCUUCACUCACGUGCUGUACUAUGUCUAUAGUGACCAUACGGAGCUGCCUCCUGAGUUGGCCUAUGAUGUGCUGAGUGUGGCUGACAUGUACCUUCUUCCCGGCCUGAAGCGGCUGUGUGGCCGCAGCCUUGCCCAGCUGCUGGAGGAGGACAGCGUGGUGGGCGUUUGGCGCAUAGCCAAGCUGUUCCGGCUGGCCCGGCUGGAGGACCAGUGUACUGAGUAUAUGGCCAAGGUCAUAGAGAAGCUGGUAGAGAGAGAGGACUUCGUGGAGGCAGUGCGGGAAGAGGCAGCCACCGUGGCAGCCCGGCAGGAGACAGACUCCAUCCCACUGGUUGAUGACAUCCGCUUCCAUGUGGCCAGCACGGUCCAGACCUACAGUGCCAUUGAGGAGGCACAGCAGCGACUGCGGGCACUCGAGGACCUGCUCGUGUCCAUUGGCUUGGACUGCUGAGCCCUUCCAUCUGGCUGCCCCGCGGCCAGGGCUGCCACAGGACAGACAUGCGCAGUGUGUGCAUGCAGAACUGUUGCUCUUGCGUGCUUGAUGGCAUUACAGUGGGCAGAGAGGACUCACUGGGUUCCUGGGGACCUCACAGGAUGUUCUUGGGAUGAGCCUCCUCCUCCAGUGCAUAAGGAAGCCCCAAGAUUUGGGGCAGGCACCACUCAGGGAAAACUGGGGUACGGUAGGCUUUGAACUUAGUCCCAUCUCCCCCAGCACCCUACCUGCUCCCUCCUGCUCUCGCCCAGCCCUGGCUGGCUUCGGCUAUUUCCAUGUACAGGGCUGGGCAGGAGGUAGGGAGUGUGUGGCAAUAAAGCUUGAAUUCACUCUGGG